AUGGUAAACACGAUUCAACCGCAAAUCCCAAAAUUAACAAAGAUAAAUUAUGACAAUUGGAGCAUCCAGAUGAGAGCUUCGCUUGGUUCUCAAGAUUGUUGGGACAUUGUCGAAGAAGGAUAUGUCGAGCCCAAAAAUGCAGCUGCCGAAGCGGCUUUGACAAACGAAGAAAAAAAAAAUGCGAAGACAUCAAAAAAAGCAUGGGAAAUUUUGCAAAAAUCCCUUCAAGGAGCGGAAAAACCCAAAAAGGUACAUUUACAAACCCUUAGAGCCGAAUUUGAGACAUUGAAAAUGAAACCUUCAGAAAGCGUUGAUGAUUAUGUCAUCCGAGUGAAAGCAGUGGUAAAUGAAAUGAAAAGGAAUGGAGAAACACAUGAUGAUGUUGGAGUAAUGGGAAAAAUUUUGCGGUCAUUGAUACGCAAAUUUGAUUAUGUGGUGGUUGCCAUUGAAGAGUCAAAAGAUUUAUCACAAAUAUCAUUCAACGAACUUGUGGGUUCCCUCGAAGCCUAUGAGCAUAAAAUGAAGCAAAAUGAUGAUAUUGGAAAUUUGGACCAAGUCUUGCAAAGCAGGUUGUCCUUCAACGAAAGUGGAGUUAGGGAUAACUUUGGAUAA